UUCACGGGAAAUCCUUAUUCUAAAUGGACGACGAGGAAGGCGAAACCUGGGGAAACGCGCGCGGUGUUCGUGGACGAGUUCACUUGCAUAGGCUGCAAACAGUGCGUGUGGCAAGCGCCGGCGACGUUUCGUAUGAACGACGACUACGGUCGCAGCCGGGUCUUCGCGCAGUGGUUGAACGACGAGGACGACAUCCAGUGCGCCAUCGACAGUUGCCCGGUGGAUUGCAUUCACUGGGUCGAGCGCGAGCAGCUUCCUUUUCUCGAGCACGUGGCGGUGAACUAUGAAAAAGUCAGCGUCGGCAUCAUGCAAAGCCAGACCGGCGUCGUCACGGAUCCCUUCGAAGCCGCAUCGAGCUUCCAGAAGAUGCGUCAAAGGAAGAUCGACGCCCGCGCCGAGGAAUUAGCCGAGCAAAGGCGACGCAUGACGGACGAAGAGAAGCGCGCGAACACGUCCGAAGCGCAAAGACGCGCGUAUCGCAAAUCCGCCGACGCCAUUCGA